GCAACGGCCAAGCGACACCGCGACUGGUUAAUGGAAAUAAGGUCAUAGUCGAAGGGCCCUGAACCAAUGAAGGCUCAGAGUACGGGCGUCUCCGCGGGGGCACCGAAGGGUGGGGCCGGACUUCCGUCGUCGCCGUGGAGUCUUCAGGUUGCCCCUGGUGGGCGGGUCCUCAGGUGGCCUUUGGGACCCGGAGAGGAGCGCAAGGGAGAAGGGCUGCGCCGGUCACUACGCCUCUGCAAGCACUUGGCCCGCGGCUAAUGGCUCCUCUUUCCUGAGCCUCUGUUUUCCUGUAUGUGGGACGGACACAAGAGUUUCUACACCCCGCCUUCCUCCCUGGGUCCCGGGAGGCUGUUUCCAUAUCCUCGGGCGCAUUUUAUACCGGGAAAGACUGAGGCCCUGAGUGCGACUGUCAGCCCGCGGCCACCCCGCCCGGCGAGGGUGAAGAGGUUGGGAUGAGCCCUCAGGGCCCGUCGCUGUCGCUGCCUUGCAUGGCCCUGCCCAGCCCACAGGUUCCUCCCGGGCCGGCAGCCUCGCUGACGGAGCCGGCUCAGGUGAGUGGAGGGGGCCCAAGCGCUCACCAGCUGGACGUUCUGCCGUCGUGUGCCGGGAGAUCAGGCAUAGGGAGUGGUGGUGUCCUGGAUUCUUCGCCUACACCCCACCUAUUGGUCACCUGGCUCAGCUAUCCCAUUGUUGCAGAACCCAGUGACCUUCAAGGAUGUGGCCGUGUACUUCUCCAAGGAGGAGUGGGGAAUCCUUGACGCAGCCCAGAGACGCCUGUACCACAGUGUGAUGCUGGAGAACUUUGAGCUCAUGACCUCACUUGGUUGUUGGCAUGGAGUAGAAGACAAGGAGGUCCAUUCCAAGCAGGAUGCUGCUGUGGAAAGGGUGGUCAGGAUCCCUAGUGCAUAUCCUUCUACUCAGAGGGCUGACAAUUGUGACAUGUGUGGCCCAUUCUUGAAAGACAUUUUGCACCUGGAAGAACACAAAGCAACACAUCCUGAGAAGAGCCCCUAUAUAUGUGGAGCAUGUGGAAGAGAAUUUUGGUUUCGUGCAAACCUUCACCAGCACCAGAAGGGGCAUGAUGGAGAGAGGCCCUUUAGAUGGGACAAGAAUAGGGACUUAUUUAUGAGGAGCUCUGCAGUCUUCCUGUCAGAGAAGCCCUUCAUUUGUGGGGACAGUAGUAAAGAUACCUCAGACAGCCAUGAUCUCCUCCACUACUCAGCCAUUGACAGUAGUGGGAAGCUGUAUAGCACAGAGUGCAGGGAAGCCUUCCCGCACAGUUCUAAUCUUGGACAGCUCCCAGAAGUCCAUACCAUAGAGAAGUUCUUCAAAUGCAGUGACUGCGGAAAAGCCUUCCAGAAGAACUCCACCCUCCUCAACCACCUAAGGACUUACUCUGUAGAGACACCAUUUAGAUGCCCAACAGUUGAAAAUUCCUUAGAGGAUAAAUUAACCUUUGUUAAUCACCAAAAAUUUCACACUGCAGAAACAUCUCAUGUGUGUAGGGAGUAUGAUAAAGUCUUUAGUCAUCCAUCUAAACAGAGGAAGCACCAGAAAUUUCAUGCUGGAGUAAAACAUUAUGAGUGCAGUGACUGUGGGAAAACCUUUAGUCACAAACUCACACUUGUUCAUCACCAGAGAAAUCAUACAGGAGAAAGGCCUUAUGCGUGUAGUGAAUGUGGGAAAGCCUUCAAUAACAGGUCACAUCUCACUCGGCAUGAGAAAGUUCACACUGGAGAAAGGCCUUUUGAGUGCAGCAAAUGUGGAAGAGCCUUCAGCCAAAGCUCCAAUUUCCUUCGGCACCAAAAAGUUCACACCCAAGUAAGACCGUAUGAGUGCAAUCAGUGUGGUAAGGCUUUCAGCCGAAGCUCUGCUCUCAUUCAACACUGGAGAGUUCACACUGGUGAAAGGCCUUAUGAGUGCAGUGAAUGUGGAAGAGCGUUUAACAAUAACUCUAAUCUUGCUCAACACCAGAAGGUUCACACUGGAGAACGGCCUUUUGAAUGCAGUGAAUGUGGAAGAGACUUCAGUCAAAGCUCCCAUCUCCUUAGACAUCAAAAAGUUCAUACUGGAGAACGACCUUUUGAAUGCAGUCAAUGUGGGAAAGCCUUCAGCAAUAGCUCCACCCUUAUUCAGCACCAGAAAGUACAUACUGGGCAAAGGCCUUAUGAGUGCAGUGAGUGUAGAAAAGCCUUCAGCCGCAGCUCCAGCCUGAUUCAACACUGGAGAGUACACACUGGUGAAAAGCCUUAUGAGUGCAGCGAAUGUGGGAAAGGCUUUGCUCACAGUUCCAGUCUCAUUGAGCACUGGAGAGUUCACACAAGAGAAAGGCCUUAUGAGUGCAGUGAAUGUGGAAAAUUCUUUAGCCAAAACUCCAUUCUUAUUAAACAUCAGAGAGUUCACACUGGAGAAAGACCUUAUAAGUGCAGUGAAUGCGGGAAGUUCUUUAGCCGAAAAUCCAGCCUCAUUUAUCACUGGAGAGUUCACACUGGAGAAAGGCCUUAUGAAUGCAGUGAAUGCGGGAGAGCCUUCAGCAAUAACUCGCACCUGAUUCGUCACCAGAGAGUUCACACACAAGAAAGGCCCUAUGAGUGCAGCCAAUGUGGGAAAGCCUUUAGUGAAAGAUCCACGCUUGUUCGACACCAGAGAGUUCACACCAGAAAAAGGACUUACGAGUGUGGCCACUGUGGGAAAACCUUCAGCCGCCUCUGCAACCUUGCUCAGCAUAAAAGGAUUCAUACCUGAGUAGAGCCUUAUGGAAAUGGUUUUGUGAGAAAAUCUCCACCAGGUCAAACUUCAUGUAGCAGAAUACCCACAGAGAAAUUAUCUACAUGUACCACUAAUCUGCCUUUUCUGAGCAGACCAGGAACCUAGGCAGAGUUAUCUCUCCACUGGAGCAUAAACAUCUUUCCAGCCUGCUUGAAUCCAAAUAUUUGAAGCAAUCAUCUACAUAUACAAGGAAAAAAGAGCUACCUUCCUAGAAGGAAUCAGGAUUGUCCUGGGCCAAUUGGAGUGGCUUUAUUCCCAUUAUCACUGGGUUAGGGAAUAAACUGACCCCAUUCCAAUCAGCAGGCUUUGAGGGAUGUCCGGUUUGGGCUUCUCAGGAAGAUGCAUGUUCCUUAUGAAUGUUGUCAAGUCUGCAUGUAAUUCCAGUGAUGUGUCCAGUAAGCCCACAAAUCACCCUCCCCUGAAACCACUAAUCUUGGUCUGCUCAAUAUUGCAUAAUAAAGACAUUAUAAGACA